AUGAAAAAACAACACACAGAAGAAAAGAUCCAGGCAUUCCAGGACAGCAGCAAGCCAGAAGAGCCCAGACGGGUGAAAGAUCUUGUAAAAAUACUGGAGAAGAGCCUAGGCGUAAACCAUUUCCUGAACAUCAAGUUCAACAGCAAAAAUAUCACACUCUGUGAAGAACUCAUGAAAAAACAAAAACAAGAUACAAGCUCACAGGGGCCAUUGAAUAACAAUCCAUCUGUUAAUAAGAAGUAA